AUGUCGCGGGUGCGCCACGAGCGGGUGCAUGCAUCGUCCAUGGACAUGUCGCCGUCGUACCCGAGCCCCAUCGACGACUACUGCCGCGUGGCCAACCAGGCGCCAACAGGCUUGGAGUGGGUCUCGGCCAAGUCGUGCGGCUACCCGCAGGAGCUUGGUCUCUGCUUGCCCCAGCGUGCCUGCAUCAAGACCAUUCGCCUCGCAACACACAGUGCGUACGCCCCUUCACGAGUCGAGCUCCUGAUCGGGGACGACACGGUGGUGGCGACGCAUUAUCUCGACCCGGCGUCGCCCGAGGCCCGCGACGACCUGCCGCUGCACUUGUACUUUAGCACCGACUGCCGACCGCUCUGCACGGUCGAGUGGCGCGAAGCGACCGCCGUGGACGGCGCCGAAGAGAUGCGCGUCGAUGUCCACGAGCCGCUGAACGUGCUCAAGCUCAUCGUGCACGGUCCGCGCUCGAGAAACGUCUACAACCAGGUAGCCAUCAUGCAGCUCGAUCUGCUCGGGGUCGAGAUGACGCCGCCAACCGGGGAAACCAAAGCCCAAGGCACGUUGGCCCGUAAAGUGUCGAUGGCGUCCAUCCAGCGCGCGCUUCUUGAGACGGGGGUGCCCAUGGACGUGGUGACGGACCUUGGCGCACCGCCGGCAGCGGUCGACGAGUACACGCGCAAGGCCAUUGCGAGCGUCCUCCUCGUCAAGGCCGACUGCAUCGCCAGUGAGGCGUACGCCCAAGCGCAGAUCUUAUCUGAGCACGUUCGAUCGCUCUCGAGUCUCGGGCAGCAAAUGCAGUCGCUGUCCCGCCUCAAAUCGAAUACAAUCGCCAACGAAGACUAUGACGCGGCGCUGACGUAUCACGAGGCCAUGGCGGCGCUGCAUACGACCCGCGAACGAGCGAUCGCCAAAGCGUUUGCGAGCUGCCAGCCCGCGCCGGCCAUCGACGACGACUUGGCCCGGGAUGUGCCAGACAAAAUGGAUCAUGAACGCACAGCGAGUGGCAUCGAAUCGAUAUUUGACCUUGCAGUCCGCGCAUGGCGCCGAGAUGAUCCAGGCCAUAGCCCUCUCAAGGGCAGCGACGCUUCUUCGACGUCUCGGCCGGCGCUACCGCCGUCAACGAGCACGUUUCUAAACACAAUGUUUGGGACCGUCUUUGUCCACGCCAGCGUCCACUCGAAUUGGCGCGUGCGGCGGGCGUGCAUUGAGAUCGCCGAGCAGCACAUCGCCGUGCUCGUGCCCAUGUUUGAUCCCGAGACGCUCUACGAGAUGUACAGUGUCUACGUCGACGCCAUUCUGUUGCACGACAGCACGGUGCCCGUGAUCCUUGCGCUCUUGCAUCUUGUGCGAACGAUGUACGAAAAGCCCAGUGACGCGCCGACGUCGUUUGGCACGUACGAGCUGCGCCGCGGCGUGCUGCGACCGCUGGUGCAGAAUAUCACGCGCCAACUGCUGCAUUUUUGCGCCAAGUUCAACACGCUCUUGCGCGAAGAGUGCAUCCGAACACUGCGGUUUCUCGUGCAGCAGCGCCACAUCGCCGACGUCGUCUUGGAGGCGACGUGGCAGAGCACACAGGCCGCAACAUCGCCGUUUGAGACGCUCUUAUGCCUCAAGUGCCUGCAGGAUCUGCUCUACACGUUCGCGGCCGCCGACAUUCCGCUGCCCAAAAACAAGCCGCUUCUAGCCGACAUGCAAUCGUUUCUCAAGGCGCAGGUCAACGACGCGAGUGCGGAUGUGAGCGGGUCGGCCCUCGAGUGCCUCACGCUCCUCUUAGCGCUCGCGCAACAGGACGCGCUCGCUGUCUCGCUCGAGGUCGAGGCCCACGUGCCUCUCUUUCGCAAAUUCCCCUUCGACGCCAUGGAGCUCCGCCGGCUCACGGCGCACGUCGAGACGUAUGCUCGGCUCUUUGGCUUGCCGACGCAGCUGCGCACCUACGUCCUCGACGAAGGGUCCCUGGACGGCUUUGAAUCACGACUCCAGAAAGGUUCUGUUGCGUUUGUUGGCAGCGUCGAGAAGAGGCGGGAUCCAGUCGACGUGGGUUCCAACCAAGAGCGGGUGCAUCCAAUGCUAGUCGAGCCAAACGUACCAGCAAAUAUGGUCCUACAAGCGCCUAUUGACACGAUGACAACGACGAAUCUCGUCUCGGGUUUCGAGCCAGAAGAGCGCGCUACGGUCGACACGCCAGCACUCGAGGAGCCUUCGCUCCAGCCAACGCUUCCGUCCGAGGACAAGACCGCAGCGCCAACCACAGCCUCCGACAUGAGCCGACCGGUGGACGACGCCAGGGCCGUCCCGAUUCUUUCCGUCGCCAUUUAUCCGGCAUCGACACCUGUGUUGUCAAUGCGAGACGACGCGCGUAUACCGUCCUCAGCGGCCAUGGGAUCUGUUGAAAGCAGCGUAGUAGUACCGGAAACUUCCGCCAUUGUACCAGAAACUACCGUCGUGGCCAAGCCCAACGAGCCGGCCAAGGACGCCAAGUCGAUCAAGAAGAAUCAGAUCACACCGACGAACGAGGUUGCUGCCAAGUCGCCUCGGCAGACCGCCGCCGACGACAAGAUCGGCACGCUCAAGGUCGUCGAUCAAGUCGUCACCAAAGCCCGAAAGGCGUCGGCGAAAGAGUCAAACGACAAGAAAGGGUGUAGAAUAUCCUAA